UCGAUCCACAAAUUAUUAUCUUUGUAUAAGAUAAUAUGCAACUUGCGCGCGAGUGUGUACGUGUGUGUACGUAUUUCAUACACAUGUGAGUUAUAUAUAUAUAGAUAUAAAAUGGUGUGUACUCUUGAUUAGCAGUGGUUUAUCCUAGUAGUUAACCGCAAACUCCUGUUGAGUGUGGUUGAGCGUAUGUCAAUCGUCAACUUGACGAAGUUAUUUGUUGCGUAUACAAAGUUGUAUACUUAUUAAAUGUUGAUAUAAUAAAAGUUAACACGAAGUUAACUUAAAUAUUUUGCGAAAACGCUUGCAAUUUCAAAGACGAACGAAAGUUUAACUAGAAUGCCGUUGGCAACUCUAACGGCUCCUUGGACUGAGCACUGUGCAAAUGAGAAGCAAAGUACGGAGAUUCUUCCGGCCGAAAAUCAGGAAGAAACGAUGAUUACUCAGGGACAUUUAAGUGAUAGAUCCAAUGGGUGUUCAGAAUCGCAUGAGAUUGAACUACGUGAGAUGGUUCGGGAUGGUUACGAGAAAGCUGAACCAUCUCACUUUGAACUGUUAAAAGUUCUUGGUCAGGGAUCUUUUGGCAAGGUAUUUUUAGUAAGAAAAAUUGUUGGGAAAGAUAGUGGCACACUAUAUGCCAUGAAGGUUUUAAAAAAGGCAACGUUAAAAGUGCGUGAUAGAGUUAGGACCAAAAUGGAGAGAAAUAUAUUGGUGGAUGUGGAACAUCCGUUUAUUGUUCGAUUGCAGUAUGCGUUCCAAACAGAAGGAAAACUCUAUUUAAUUCUAGAUUUUUUACGAGGUGGCGAUCUCUUUUCCAGGUUAAACAAAGAAGUCAUGUUCACGGAAGACGAUGUUAAGUUUUAUUUGGCCGAGUUAGCACUCGCUCUUGAUCAUAUACAUAAACUGGGAAUUAUUUACCGAGAUCUGAAACCUGAAAAUAUUUUAUUAGAUACAGAAGGCCAUAUAUCUUUAACAGAUUUUGGCCUAAGCAAACAACCUUUGGAUGAUUCAAAAACAUAUUCAUUUUGUGGAACUGUUGAAUAUAUGGCACCAGAAAUUGUCAACAGGAAAGGACACACUUUCACCGCGGAUUGGUGGAGUUUUGGUGUUUUAAUGUUUGAAAUGCUGACAGGUGCUCUUCCGUUUCAAGGUGCCACUCGCAAAGAAACAAUGACGCAAAUCUUGAAGGCUAAAUUAGGAAUGCCACUCAAUAUCUCACCAGAAGCACAGGCACUUUUAAGGGUAUUGUUUAAGAGAAAUCCAGCAAAUCGUCUUGGUUCUGGAGGGACAGAAGAAAUUAAAAAUCAUAUUUUCUUUGCUACCAUUGACUGGGAUGCUCUUUAUAAAAAAGAGAUAAAACCGCCGUUCAAGCCCGCUAUUAAAGACGAUGAUGCGUUUUAUUUUGAUAGUGAAUUCACCUGUAAAACACCAAAAGAUUCUCCCGGUGUGCCGCCUAGCGCAAAUGCUCACGAAUUAUUUCGCGGGUUCAGUUUCAUUGCGCCGGGUUUGCUUGCGGAUGUGGAUCACGCCAAAUCACCGGACUUUAGGAAUUACGGUAGCAUCAGCGCUACCUUUCCGUCUUACGUCAAUUCGACUUCCAUAACUGACGAAUACGAAUUCAAACAUGAGAUUGGCAGAGGAGGAUACAGCGUGGUGUAUCUAGCCGUUCAUACAUCAACCAAAACGGAGUACGCGGUGAAGGUAAUUGAGAAAUCUAGCCGAGAUCCAACGGAGGAAAUAGAGAUUCUGUUGCGAUACGGUAGACAUCCUCACAUUGUAACACUUAGAGCGGUCCACGAGGACGAUAAACGUGUGUAUCUUGUGUUGGAACUUUUGCGCGGUGGCGAACUUCUCGAUCGUUUGCUACAGCGACGAAACUUCACCGAACGCGAAGCUGCCGAGGUUAUUCACACUGUCACCAGCGUAAUACAUUAUCUUCACGAGAACGGAGUGGUUCAUAGAGACUUGAAGCCGUCGAACAUUCUGUACGCAAAAUCCGGCGGUGAUCCAACGACGCUUUGUAUAUGCGAUCUUGGUUUUGCGAAACAAUUACGUGCGGAAAAUGGAUUGUUAAUGACGCCUUGUUACACAGCUAACUUUGUGGCACCCGAGGUGCUGAAACGUCAAGGAUACGACGCGGCGUGUGACAUAUGGUCACUCGGAGUUCUCUUGUACAUUAUGUUAGCUGGAUAUACGCCUUUCCGCAACAGUCCGGGUGAUAGCGCGAGCGAUAUAUUAGACCGCAUCGGUCCGGGAUACAUUGACGUGGAGAGCGGUAUAUGGUGUCACAUUUCGAACGAAGCUAAGGAACUAGUUAAAAGGAUGUUACACGUGGAUCCAAAUCGAAGGCCUACAGCAGCCGCUAUUUUAAAAUCUCCCUGGAUUGUAAAUCGACAUCGUCUUCCUCAAAAAGUAUUGCCUGAUGUUAUAAAAGAUCCUCAUAGUCUGAAGAUAGCGGUGGCGGCGACAUACAGAGCAAUGGCGCAUAAUUCAAGAUUACCUCAUAUCGGUCCUGUGGUGAUGUCCGAAUUGGCACGUCGCAGAACACAAGGCAAAUCUACCGGUCCCACCCAAGUUUAAGAUUAUAUCUUAUCAUGUUUCUUGUAUAUUACAAAUUUAACUUGUAUUUUAAGAUUUCCAAAAUGGAGAUAGAAAAAAAAAAAAAAAAAAAAAAAAAAAAAAAAAAAAAAAAAAAAACAAAUGUUUAAAGUACAAGCGAUGGAGAGUUUAAAAUGAUGAGAUGAUAUGACAUGUAUGACAUCAAUGUGGUGUCUCGAAACGUUCCUGACAGUGAGCGCCGAAUGUGAUAUUUAUUUCUAGUUCUCCAUUGUGUUUUAAGGCUCCUAAGUCGAGUUGUGGCUUAGAAGUAAGAAAUUUUUAUUUUAUUUGCAUGUCAACUCUCGCACACUUUUAAUAGUACAAAUUGGUAAAAUGUAUCGAAAAUUCUCUCUCUGACUCGUAGUAACUUAAAUAAAUAGAAAUUUAAAUAAAUAGCCAUACAUCUUGCUCAACGUAAAAACAAAAAAGUCUAUUUUCGCUGGAAAUUUACAACAUGUACAUGUAGGGAGUACGUAUCGUGUAACAUGUAAAAUUGUUAAUAGAUAAAAAAAAAAA